AUGGUCCUUUCACUUCUUAUUCCACUAAGUCGGGCAGUUGGACUGUGCAAUCUUCGUUUUGUACCAGAAAGUGGACGCUUCAAGCGAGACAAUGGACCCAUGUUAAUUUACUGGAUUGCAUUGCACUUCAUAUACUUGCUGGUAAUACCAUAUGUCUUUGUCGUAAGGGUCAGCAGUUCCUUCCACUGUCAGAAAAUUGAUAUUUUGGCGGUGGCCUACACGGUCAUCUCAGUGGUGAAGGUGUUCUCCUUACUCUUGCUCAUCAUCAGCAUUUGGGUGUGCCGUGAACGAUGGCUACGCAUGGGAAACAGGUUUAUUGCACUCCAGCAACUAUAUCGCAGUGAUUUGCGCACGAUAAGAAUUGGUCAGCGAUUGCAGCACAUGUGGAAAUUGCUGAUGUGUCUCUCAAAAGUUAUAUUAACAAUGUAUUCGAUGUAUGGACCUAACAGCAUGCUGGUGUGCAAUAUUUUCGAGGAAAAGGAGUCUCCAGUAUCCUUGAUAUACAUUGGCUCAACCAUUGUGGCGUUGCCUUUGGAAAUGAUUGUUUGCUGUAUUGACUAUUGGAUCUAUCAUUUAACGCGUGUCAGCAAUUGGUUACUCGAUUGCUUGAACCUGGAGGUACAGGAAUUAAAAAAAGAUAUUGGGUGGUUGCCCCGACGGCGAGGUUUUCAGCGAAAUGUCUAUCAGCAACAGCUCUUUGGUGGCUGGCGUCAUCUCUGGCGACACUGUGUACGUCUGGAUAAAGUGCACCGCGAGAUGAUAAUGAUAUUUCAAUGGCAAAUGCUUCUCAAUAUUCUCACCAAUUACUUGACGGAUAUCACAUCCCUUUUCAACUUGAUCAUCUACUUGAAUGAACCCCAAACUGCUCAUCAUAUUGUCUACUUUAUUGGAUAUUGGAUUACCUGUUGA